CCCUGAUGCCACGCCGAGUUGGAGCUACAUAAAGCUGGGCUUAAUGCCAGCUCUUAGUCAAACACCUUCCUGACAACAUGAAGACCAGCAGCUUCUUGGUUCUGGUGGUGCUCUUCGUCCUGGGGACGCUAGCAGUAGAGGCAGCUGUCAAAGGAGUUCCUGCUAAAGGUCAAGGCACUGGCAAAGGUCGUGUUCCAUUGAAAAGACAAGAUCCCCUUAAAGGACAAGUUUCAGGAGAAGCUGACGAGCUAGUCAAAGGGAAAGGUCCAGUCAGGGGUCCAGGCUCCACUAAGCCUGGCUCCUGCCCCGAGAUUCUGAUUCGCUGCGCCAUGCUUAACCCCCCUAACCGCUGCUGGAGUGACACCCAGUGCCCAGGGACCAAGAAGUGCUGUGAGGGCUCUUGCGGGAAGAUCUGUCUGAUACCCCAAUGAGGUGGAACCUGUCCUUGUGUGCCUGUCCAGUUCCCAUGGCUGCAGGCUGUCAUCUGCUCCUCCAUCCCUGGAGCCCUCCCCUUUCUCCUCCUGCCCAGUUGUCCUCUCAUUCAGGAUGCCCAAGCCUGAGCUGUCUGUCUCAUCCACUGUCCAAUAAAAAGAUCCCUUUCUGCUCGA